AAGCUCUCGCCUCCCGCCUCGAACACGACAGCGCCUGGCUGCGAUUGCUUACCUAGGUUGGUAAGCAAUCCAGCGUUCCAUCGUCAAGAUGAGCUUCGAAACGGUUCGGUCCCCGUUCGCGCUAAGCGAUUACAUCCUGCUCUCCGAGCACGAGGAGCAGACCCCCGAGAGCUUCUACGACGGCAAGCCGGUGCUGUACUACCAUGCGACAGGCGCAAAGGCCUGGAUUCCCAAGUCGCAGCGCGGCAAGCUGCCGUUCUUCCCAGCCGACCUAUCCUCCGCGCCCACAGCCCCGGAGAACAGCGCUCUGAGCGGUCAGUCCGAGGAGUGCGUCGAACAGCAAGUCGAUUUGUUUGUGCACUCACGACACCUCUCCAUCUUCAGCCCGGCCGCCCAGUGCGGCGCCUCGAUCCCAUACCAGCAAAUCAGCAUCCACGCGAUAAAAAACCUCCGCUCCGCCACGAGCGGCCAAACCUACCCCUCCGUCUACCUCCAGCUGGAACUCGCCUCGGGCGGCGCAAGCGACGACGAGUUCGACACCGUCGAGCUGACGCUGAUCCCCCCGCAGGCGCAGCCGCAGGCGCUGGCGCAGGCGCAGGCGCCGCCGCCGCCGCCGCCACAGCCCCGACCGGAAGACGCCCCCGGCGAAGCCCAAGCCGCCCAAGCGCCCCAGUCAACAGCGGCGAAGCUCUUCGAGGCCAUCUCGGAGUGCUCCAACCUCAACCCGGACCCGGUGCAGCUGGGGGACGAGGAAGAAGAAGACGCAGACGCGGACGGCGCGCAGAUCAUCUUCGAAGGGGACAGGGACCGCGAGGCGAUCGAGGGCUUCACGGGCGUGUUCGCCGGCGCGCGGGACGGCGGGCUGCCGCCCGCUUUUCCGGGCAGCGGGGGGUGGAUCACGGCGGAGAACGUGCAUGAGUUCUUUGACGAGGAGGGGAAUUGGAUUGGGUCUGAGGACGACGAGGAUGCUGUGGCCGGCGAGCUUGGGGAGGGGGCUGGGACCGUGCAUGCGAGGGCCGAGGACGAAAGAGAGGUUAAUGGCCAUGGAGCUGGCGCGGAGGAGGGGGACGCGAAGCGCCCUAGGAUAGAGUAGGCUUGCGAUGCGUGCAUAGUAUGGUUAUAUGCACGCAGGACUCUCGGGGGGUUCAGGAACGUGUUCAAAUCUACCCUUACAUAUACUCAAAUGUAUAACCCUAACCCCGAGCCGCCGUCCUUGGCGCGAGUCUUGUCCCUGGUCAUCAGCAGCACAACUCAGAUUUCACACU